AUGGAGGAAAUGGCAAUUGCUCGUUUUGUAUUCCAACUACUUUUUAACUGUGCAUUCGAAUAUUUUGAAAUUUCUUGUAUUAUAAUUAAUCCACAAAUGAUUGAAUUAUUGUUUGAUGAAGCAACAAAUAUGCCUUUACAAAUUCAUUCUCAAAGGACAGAAAUAUUUCAUGAUGAAGCUGAUUGUUUAAACUUUGCCUGGAAUCAUCUGAUUUCUAAUCAUCUUGGAAUUGAUCUUUGUUUCGGAGAUGAAGAAAUUAUGGGCGUUUUAUUAUUUAAAAUUUUGGCAAAAGGAGGAAAUAAAUUUUUAAAUGUUACUUAUGAAUAUCCUGACGUUGAACUUUACUUUUCAAUCGUAGAGUACAUAGAAACUUCCCAAGACAUUUCAAAAGUGGUGAAAGAAAUUAAAUUUGAAACUAUGGUUAAAUUUUCAAUUGAAAAGGCAGCAAAAAAUAAAAAUAAAUUAAAAAUUGAAGAGGAUGGUAAAACUACAAAAUUUCAACUUUUUAAUAAACACAAUCCAAAAAUUGAAUUUUCUGUAACUAUUAAAGUAAAGGAAGAAAAUUAUGAAGAAAUCGAAGAAGAAAGCGAAAGUAUUUUGGAAAAUUUUGAUAAUUUGGGGAUAGAAAAUGAUUUUGGGAUAAAUGUUGAUGCUGUAAUUAGAAGAAUUUAAUGGAGAUAA